AUGAAAUAUCUGCGUAUCUUAAUCUUAUGUAUCACAGCUGUGACCGCCAAUGUGUGCCAGAACGAUGCCCAGACUGCAGGAUCUCCUCUCUCUGGAAGUUUCGGGAUGGCCGGAAUUAAUAAUGUCUAUCUUUUUGAUAUUUUGGAAGACCAAGAUAGUGAAUUGCUCUAUUUUAUUGGGUAUUUUGGUUCAGCUCCACAAAACACAAUAAUCUACAAGUCGGACCCAUCCCUGGCCAAAGUGCAAGUGAUGACUUAUGAUAUCUACUGCUACUACUAUUCCUACGCCAUGUCUCCAAGCAGGGAGUUCAUCUAUAUCCAAGACCUGACAACGGGAAAGAUAUUCGAGGUCAGGACUUCAGACCUGGUCAUCUCCAGGGAGUUGUCAGUUAGCUCUGCCUCGGUGGAUUGGAAUACAAACAUGGAAGUGAGUGAAGGCUUCUACUUCAGCAUCAUCAUCAGCUCAAUCAUGCACACUUGCAGAUGGAACAUGACAAAUACCAAUCUCGACUGAUUUACUUUCGGAGUCAACAGUCAGGCCAAUUUGGCCCCUAUCAAUGCCGAUCUGCUGUUCUUUGGAUCGACUGACACAGCAGCCGACCAAUACUACCUGGUGAGCUACAACUUCUCCUCUUCCAGCCUGGCCUGGAAGAAGAGCAUUGCCUGUCCCACUUCGGGCUGAGUGAACAAAUUCAGUAGCUCCCUGGUGAGCAGAGAUAAAGAGUGGGUCUACACAAUGGUGCUGUACGAUGGUAACUUUAUUUUCCAUAAACUCAGCACCACCGAUGGGAGUCCCCAAAGCUCAGGGCUGAUUUGGAACGACAGUGGAUAUGUUGAUAGUUACUGAAUGAAAGAGUUCAGUGGUUUCAUUGCUAUUCAGAUUUACAGUUCCUCAUCAUCAAAUGUUAAAAGGUUGAUCCUGGUCUCCCCCUCGGCAGCAGAAGUUGUGAAGGAGUACAAGUCUGUGGACUCGAAGGCUUUUGCAGUUGGAAGAUUGUUAUAUAAAGGCCAAGAGCUAAUGUAUCAUUCUGGGAUAAUCCUCACCAAUUUUACAUUCUUCCUUGCAAGAUCACCCACAAACAACAUUGGACAACUUUCUGAGUUUGAAGAAGACACUCCUCUGUUCAGUCCAAUUACUACUUCCUAUCAGGUGUCGUCAACAACAUCAAACCCAAGCCUCACCGCAAGCACGAAGACUCUUACUAUCUCAACUUCAUCGUCCAUCGCGACCACUGACAUCACAUCUUCAACCAAUCCUUCGUUCACCAAAUACGUGGCUUUGUGAAAUCAAGACUACCUCCAGACUGUCCAGAGCAACACUUCGGUGAAAUUGGAAUUCACCUGGGCCUGAGCUCAGUCUAUGAAUUACACUGGCAUCAGCUUCAGUCUGACUCAAACUGGCUCCAAUGCGAUACCUGAGUGGGUGAAGUUGGAUGCAGACAACCAGGAGUUGCACCUAAAAACCACUCCUAAGCUGGAUGCCAAAGCAAACUUUUACUUUUCUCUGAAAAUCUCAUUCGACAGCGAAGUACAUUAUAAGAAAUUAAAAAUCACUGUGGAAGAGUGAUCAAUCAAUCACUGUGAACUCUGAAAACUAGGUAGUCCUAGCAUUUGAGAAGCCUGAACAGAUGGCUAUCAGAGCUCUAAUGAGAGCAAAUCUUGUUCCAAAAUAGUUGCCAUGACUGGAGCAACUAAAGCUAUUGCUGCUUUGGUGGCAAUAAGUGUCGUAUUGGCAAGUUCUUCGUCUAUCCUGUCAUUAUCAUCGAUCAACUCGAUCUUUAGCAUCAUGAACAGUCUACAGCUUGCAUGACUGCUUCCUCUUGUUCCUGACUACUUUUCACCCAAAGUGCUUGAUAUCUUGAGUGGAAUGGGGUUCACAAUGUUCUCAUUCGACUUCAUUAAGUUUAAGGAUCUCCCGUUUGUAGAAGGUCUUACAAAGUGGGUGUCAUAUCCUCAGUCCGACGAGUACUUGAACAGCCUUGGAAUGAGGUCUGGGAGCUCAAUUGUCAAUUAUUUAUCACUAAUGGUCAUAAUCAUUCUUGUUGGAAUCAUUAACUUUGGCAUUUUUAUGUGCAAAAGAUGAACAGAGAACUCUAAGCACACAAAGCGUAAGAAAUUUUUCGAUAAGUUGUUCAAACUUCUGACUUUCAACAUCUAUAUUAGAAUAUUCAUGCAGGCAUUUUUAUUCAUAACUCUUUCUAUUUUCUCUGAACUGUAUAAUUUCAAUUUUGCUAAUACUGUGACCCAAAUAUCCUUUGGUUUGUGAAUAAUAUUUGCCAUAUGCACAAGUAUGCUGUUUAUUUUGUCAUUUAUAAUGUACUGAGUCUCAUCUGAUCAGAUUGAUAAAGAGAAGUAUUGGCUAUGAAUUGAAUACUUCAAUGGAAUCAAGCCAAAUAAAUAUUCAAAGCUCCAUUCUAGUCUGUCCAUGUUGGUGAGAUUAUCGAUGACGUCAUUACUUAUAUUUGGCCAAAGUGCUCGUUCAUAUGAAAAAGCCAUAUAUUUUUAUUUGUUAAACAUUGGUUACUGCCUUUACUUGAUCAUUGUCAGACCAUUUGAGAAUCCUCAGGACAAUCUCAUUGAGGCCAUUAACCAGACAUUGUUUUGCUGUCUAGCAGUCCCUCUAUCAAGGCUGAAUACAAAACAAGAUUGGACUCCGUUCUACGAAAGCUAUUACACAACAGUAUUCAUAGUGGCUCCCAGUAUUGGAGCCUUAAUAUGCCUUGGAUUCUUGAUAAAAUCAAUCAUAGUUUACCUAAUUGACAGGAUAGCCAGAAAGAGAAAGCAAAAUGUUGCUCCUAAAGAGCCCUCGUCUCAACAAAGAGCACCCCAGAACCAAAAAGACCCUAGCUUGAACCCUCCCCCAGACAUCAGCAACGUUUCCUUUAGCAUGAGCAAAAGUAAUGCUCCAAUUGCACCUCCUCGAGCCCCUCAAAGAAGACCUUUCGACAUAUCUGGCCCGGGAAGAUCUCAAAUGAGGAAACUAAAUUAUAACGGAUAA